AUGACUCCAUCCAACUCCAACUCCACCCCCAGAGCCGAGCGAGAAACCCGUCAGCCCCAACGGCCAGCAACAAACGAAGAUGAAGACUUCGAGGAAGUAGACCUCGCAUUCACGGAAGAAGAGCUAACCAACACCAACAGUUCUCAACUCUUACAAGAAGCCCGCCGAUCCGAGCCAGAACCUCGCCAACCAGAGCGAACAACCUCUCAAUCCCAUCACCCUUCAACAACAAACAAUCCCAAUGAUCUCGAAGAAGUCGACCUCGCAUUCACAGAACAGGAGCUCCCGCGCAAGAACUCGUUUGACUUUGUCAUUGACGAAAAGGCACGUGAUGACGCUAUUCAUGAGUUUUUGCAUGGCAAGCCUGACCCUCCCAAAGUAGCUGCUCCACCGCCUGUUCUCUUGAGAAAUGCGGGCAGUCAGUAUGGGCAUGAGUCGGGAGAAGACGUAGAAAUGACGGACUUUUCGAGGGAGCGGGAUUUGGAGGCUGGUCUUGGUGAUAGGUCGCCUGCGAAGGAUAAUUCGAGUUGUGUGAGUAUGUAA